GGGCAGUGGUAAUAAUAGCCUGUCGUUCUGUUAGCAUUGGCCGUGAAGCUCUAGAGGAUAUCAAAAACAUCAGUGGUAGUCCAUAUAUAUCUUGCGAAGAGUUGGAUCUUGCAUCGUUCGCCAGUGUUAGGGCUUUUGUAGACGGACUCACGAGUAAAGGCAUAAACAAUAUCUACGCUCUGAUAAAUAACGCUGGAGUGUUCUAUUGUCCGUAUAGAGUCACAGAGGAUGUUUUGAAAUAACAUUUCA